CUCGGUGGCCGGUGUGCCCGGGGCGCACACGUGGUGUCGAUGAUGUCGCCUGCGCCGACCUCCUGUUCCGUUCAUGACGGACGCUGCUCCGCCGCGUGGUGGCCGCGCGCCUCCUCCUCCGCUCGGCCGCUCCUCCUCGGCGGCCGCCACGCGCAGCGCAGCUGGGGUCGUUUGUGCGCGAGUGUUUGUGCGGACACGCGUUGCUGGUCCCCGUGGUCUCUGCCCGGGAGGGGAAGUGCCAGAGCCCGUGGUCGCUGUGUUCGGCUUUCCGAGGAACGGGUGGGCUGUGGGGUGUGGCCACGCCGCCUCCCGCCCCUCGCGCCGUUCGCUCCAUGCAGAUGCGGUCAGCGGGGGCCUCCGCGCCGCAGAAGCCAUGGUCAGGUUCGGCCUCACCCGUGGACCCGUCUGGCGCCUCUGCGAGCGCGCUCGCUUCCUGGCAGCCUGGGCGCUGCCGGAGUGUGCUGCGCUCACCACCCGCCAACUUUCCCAUUUUCACGACAAGCCGUGGGAAACUGGCCAUCCCCGUGCCUGCGGCGCCCGCGUGAGUCCGUGGCCGCGUCCUCUGUCCGAGUCCAGACCCGUGUGUCUCCCACCGCCCGCCUGCCUUCUCCCGCGGCGUCUGGUGGGCGCCCCUCCCCCGGGGAUGAAACCCCCCAACGCGGCCCCAGCUUUGCACGGGAGCUCGGUCGUCACGAGGGUCGCCCUCUACUGCCAUUGCCGCCUCCGCCUGUUCUCAGGCCCACAGGGAGGCCGAGGAGAUUCUAAGGUGGGUCCCCUUGGUCCGACCCUCCCAUGGAGUUGGGCAUGUUCUGGCCACGUCUGUCGGGAAACGGGGAGGUGUCGGGGCUUCCUGGCCUCCUGACGGCCGCACCGUCAUCAGUCCCGAGCCCAGCUCAGGGAGGGCCUGCUCCCUUCUGCUCCAGGUGGGAGCGGCUCCUGCCCGGGGCGCCUCCAUGAGCACCCCUGCGAGCUGGCGACAGCCCCAGGCUGGGCUGCGGAACGGUCGACCGACCCUGGUUGUUGAUCCUUGUGUCACGGGCAGUGCAGAACCAGGUCCUGGAAUCGCCUGGUGCCACCUCAGUGUGACCUGGCUGUGUCCCGUUCCCAUCCUCCUCAGAGGGUGGCCGCCUGGCGUGGCGCAGGAUGAUGCUCUGAGCCGUGUUGCCCAGCACGUGUUAGGGUCCUGGGUGGAGAGGAUCUUUGGGAAGCAGCAGCUGGGCUGACGAGGGUCCGGACGCCUGCCCGGGGACCAGCGAGGGUCCAGGCGCCUGCCUGGGGAUCAGCGAGGGUCGGGGCGCCUGCCCGGGGACCAGCGAGGGUCCAGGCGCCUGCCUGGGGAUCAGCGAGGGUCAGGGCGCCUGCCCGGGGACCGGCGAGGGUCGGGGCGCCUGCCCGGGAAUCAGCUGGGCCAGCCAGAUGUUUCUGGUGGAGACCUGGGACGUGAGGCGGUGGGCUGCCGGCAGUCCCUCCCUGGCUGUGCAGAAGCUGCGGUGGAAUGUGAGCUGGACGUGGGGGUGCCCGGCCUGAUGGGAAGGUGGCAGAGGCUGUGUGACAUGGAGAUAGGUCGUGAGGACCCCAAGUCAGCCCCUUUGUCCCUGUGGGUCCCUCGCUCUGGGGACCUCGGGCUGCUGAGGACUGAGACGUGCAGUGCCUCUCCCUGGUGGAGCGGCCACCCAGUCAGCCACCGCAGAAUUCUUGGCCCUCAGGCACUGCAGAAGAGAGCGAAAGCCCUGGCUGUGGGUCCCAGGUGUGGCUGGCAGUGGCCGGCAGCAGGCAGAGGCCCUGUCACCAUGGGUGAGGUGUGGAGGUUCCAAAGCUAAGAUCCCAUCCUAGUUUUAGCCUUCAAAAAUAUCAUUCAUGGUUUUUUCGUUUUUCAUGAAUACAAACCAGGGUGUAUACAUUGUGUAGUAUUCAGAAAAUCAAAACAGGUAGAAAGCACAGAGGCACCGUCGGCAGAGCAGCCAGGCCCUCACAUGCGCGUCUCCUGGGUUUUGAGAAGGGACCUUGCACCUGCAGCGUGAUCGCCUUAGGGUAACUCAACUUUAUGCUGCUCUGUGUAACCUUUCCCAUGGCAUUAAGUAUUUUUAUAAAACAUGGUUUUUAAAUGCUGUUUAUCAUUCAUCAUAUUCUAUCUAACCUGUGUGAUCAGAACUGGGAUCCUCGGGAAAGCCUACCCUUGAUGGGGGCCUGUUGGCCCCGGGCCCGUCUGUGAUGGUGACCCCAACGUGUGCUAUUGGCACCUCCCAGAAAGGGUUCCCCAGAGCCCACGGGGCCACCUGACCCAUCCUCCCAGCUGUCCCGUGGUACAUCCGUGUGUGUGAGGGAGGUGGAGUGCAGAGAGAAGCUUGCCUCAGGGCUAAAACCAACACGGUGAACAGGGAAGGUGUCCUUCAAAACCGCAGCCUGGGCAGGAGCAGUGGUUCCCGCCUGUAAUCCCAGCACUUCGGGAGGCCAAGGGAGGCAGAUCACCUGAGGUCAGGAGUUCGAGAUGAGCCUGGCAAACAUGGAGAAACUGUCUCUACUAAAAUUACAAAAAUUAGCUGCGCAUGCCUGUAAUCCCAGCCACUCAGGAGGCUGAGGCAGGAGAAUCGUUUGAACCUGGGAGGCGGAGGUUGCAGUGAGCUGAGAUCGCCCCACUGCACUCCAGCCUGGGCGACAGAGUGAAACUCCAUCUCAAAAAAAAAAAAAAAAAAAAACCUGCGACCGGCCCGGCGCGGUGGCUCACGCCUGUAAUCCCAGCUUUUUGGGAGGCCAAGGUGGGCAGAUUGCUUGAGGUCAGGAGUUCAAGACCAUCCUGGCCAACAUGAUGAAACCCUGUCUCUACUAAAAAUACAAAAAUUAGCUGGGCGUGGUGGCAGGCACCUGUAAUCCCAGCUACUCGGGAGGCUGAGGCGGGACAAUCGCGUGAACCCUGGAGGCGAAGCUUGCAGUGAGCCGAGAUUGCCCCCCUGCACUCCAGCUUGGGCAACAAAGUGAGACUCCAUCUCAGCCUGGGCAACAGAGUGAGACUCCGUCUUAAAAACAUAAAAACAAACAUACAAACAAACCCUGCGACCUACGUGGAGCCCACGGGGGCCAAACACACCAGCACCCCGCCGGAUUGACAGUGUGGGACCCCACACCUGUCACACCUGCUGGCCUCUUUAUCCGUCUCCUGUACAAUAUCCCUGGAAAAUUACUUUUUGUGUUUAAAAUUGGUCAUGUUAAUUGUUAAAGAAAGGAACAAUCCUUAAGUGAAAUCCUUAAGUGAAAUUGGUAAGUUUAAAAAAACAAAAGACAGGCCUCAACAGGCGUUGGGGAGGCUGUGGAGAAAUUAGAAUCCUCGUGCGUUAUAGAUGCAAGCGUAAAAUGGUACGUCCACUGUGUAAACAGUCUGGUAAUUCCUCAAAAAGCUAAGCAUAGAAACACCACGAGACUCAGCAGUUCCAGUCCUAGGAAUGUGUGUCCCCAGAUCCGUGAAAACACACUCCACACAGAAACAUGCACACAGCUGUUCACAGCAGCACUGUUUAUAACAGCCAGACAAGGGGGUGCAGCCCGAAUGUCUGCUGGACAAACAGCCCGUGGUCCGUGCACACAGUACACAGUGGGGCAAGACUUAGCCACGGAAAGGCAGUUCCAGCACACGCUGCUGCAGGGAUGAGCUUUGAAGACACUGUGCCAAGUGAGAUCAGUCAGCCACAAGAGAACAGAACCUUGACCGGGCGCGCUAGCUCAUGCCUGUAAUCCCAGCACUUUGGGAGGCCAAGGCGGGUGGAUCAUGAGGUCAGGAGAUUGAGACCAUCCUGGCUAACACACAGUGAAACCCGGUGUCUACUAAAAAUACAAAAAUUAGCCGGGCGUGGUGGCAGGCGCCUGUAAUCCCAGCUACUCGGGAGGCUGAGGCAGGAGAAUGGCGUGAACCCAGGAGGCAGAGCUUGCAGUGAGCCAAGAUCGCGCCACCGCACUCCAGCCUGAGCAACAGAGUGAGACUCCGUCUCAAAAAACAAAACAAAACAAAAAAAAGCCAGAACCUGUGUGGUCUCCUUUAUAGGAAAUGCCCAAAAUAGAAAAAUUCACAGAGACAGAAAAUGGCCAGGGGCUGAGGAGGGGCAGAGGGAGUAACUGUUGAUGGGCACAUGGUUGGUUGUCUUUAGGGCAAUGACAAUGUUCUGGGCUGAGUCAAGUGGAUCGCCUGAGGUCAAGAGUUCAAGACCAGCCUGGCCAAAAAUGGCAAGACCCCAUCUCUACCAGAAAUACAAAACUUAGCCAGGUGUGGUAGUGGGCGCCUAUAGUCCCAGCUACUCGGGAGACUUAGGCACAAGAAUCACUUGAGCCAGGAGGUGGAGGUUACAGUGAGCUGGGAUCGCACCACUGCACCCUGGGUGACAGUGAGACCCUGUCUCAAAAAAAAAAAAAAAAAAAAAAUAGGCGGGGUGCAGUGGCUCACGCCUGUAAUCCCAGCACUUUGGGAGGCGGAGACGGGCAGAUGACAAGGUCAGGAGAUCGAGACCAUCCUGGCUAACAACAGUGAAACCCCGUCUCCACUAAAAAUGCAAAAAAUUAGCCGGGCAUGGUGGCGGGCGCCCCAGCUACUCGGGAGGCUGAGGCAGGAGAACGGCGUGAACCCAGGAGGUGGAGCUUGUGGUGAGCCGAGAUAGUGCCAGUGCACUCCAGCCUGGGCGACAGAGUGAAACUCUGUCUCAAAAAGAAAAAAGUGUUGUGGAGUUUGAUGGUGGUGACGGUGACUGACGUCGGUGAAUAUGCUAAAAACACCGAGUUGUAACGUUGAGGGUAAAUUUUAUGGCAUAUGAAUUAUAUCUCAAAGUUGUAAAACAAUCGCCGAGGCGGGGUGUGGUGGCUCACGCCUGUAAUCCCAGCACUUAGGGAGGUUCAGGCAGGAGGAUUACCGAGCUCAGGAGUUUGAGACCAGUCUGGGCGACAUAGUGAGACCCCAUCUCUACCAAAAAUACCCCCCCAAAAUUAUCUGGGUGUAGCGUGCACUCCCGUGUAGCUGGGCGUGCAGGUGCAUGUUACCACGCGCAGCUGAUUUUUUUUCGUAGGAUGGGGUCUCACUAUGUCGCCCAUGCUGGCUCAAACUCCUGAGCUCAAGUGAUCCUCCCGCCUCGGCCUUCCACAAGGCUGGGAUUACAGGUGUGAGCCACCGUGCCCAGCCAGUUUCACGUUUUAUUCACGCUUCAGAGCACAGAGGCCUCUGCCUGGCAUUGGGGCACGGGCAAGGUGUCUGUGGGCAGCGGGUCCCACUGAGGGUUCCAGGGCAGCAGAUGGUGGGCAGGGCGGGGAGACCAUGUGCAUGGUACCCAAGCCAGGCUCUUGCUGAGUCAGGCUAACUCUAACAUUUAUCGGGAACUUGAUCUACUUCAAUGUGAUGUAAGAAAAACAAAUGCGUUUUCAGCAGAAAAUCCAGGAAGGAAACCAGCAAUAGAGAGAAAUGGUGGCUUCUACUGCCUUAUAGAGUGGGAGCUGUGCCUGAGCCUUCUGCCUCUCGGCCCAGAGCCUGGCAUUUCUUUUUUUUUUUUUUU